AUGCGCUCCUUGACCUUUGUCGUCGCCGUGAUUUGGCUGUUGCAGCAUGCGGCUGCAGUCACUAUCUACCUUGCGGGGGACUCGACGAUGGCGAAAGAUUCAAAUCCCCCAAAGAAACAAGGAUGGGGCGAAUAUCUGAAGAACUACGUCUCAGUCCCCGUCGUCAACAAAGCGAUUGGCGGUCGCUCCGCACGCAGUUACACAGUUGAAGGACGGUUCGACGAGAUUGCCAAGGUUGUAAAGCCUGGUGAUAUUGUCGUAAUAGAAUUCGGUCACAAUGAUGGAGGGAGCCUGAAGAACGAUAAUGGCCGGUCCGGUUGUCCUGGAGAAGGCAACGAAGUCUGCCAGAGCACGUUUAAUGGGAAGAAAGUAACCGUGCGGACGUUCCCAUAUUAUAUCUCUACGGCAGGCAAGAAGUUCACAUCGCUGGGAGCUACGGUGAUUAUAUCCUCCCAAACACCGAACAACCCCUGGGAGACCAACAAGUUCUCGGCCGGUCCGCCCCGUUUUGUCGAAUUGGCGAAGAAGGCCGCCGCGCAAGUCCCGGGAGCCGAGUAUAUCGAUCAUUUUGCGUAUGCAGCGCAAUCGUACAAGGCCGCGGGCGCCUCUGCUACGAAGGCAAUGUUCCCGGUGGAUCACACACAUACCAAUGCCAAGGGUGCGGAAUUUGUGGCAAAGACGUUUGUGAAAGCGGUGCUUUGUGGAGAAGGAAAGCUGAAACCACUUGUGAGCAUCAAGUCGGUGGAUGUGGCAGGGCAAUGCAUAUAGACAAGUGUGUAUUGAACUGUGGUGUUGAUUAAUCAACUAAACUAUCGUUCCUAUGGAGAAGAUUAGGAACAAACUGCAAUCAAGACCAGUUGCUUUCGAAGUUGAUCCGCAUCUAUCCAGUUCCAAUACAUGGAGCAGUAGGGCCAGUAGUACUUGCCGCGGUCGUCUUCGCAUUUCGAUGUAGAGUGAAUGGAUGGGAGUGGCGU